UGAAUGCAUUGAAUGUAUUGCAUGUAUUGAUUGGUCUAUUGGUUGUAAUGUUUAGUACUAUUGGUUGGCGCUAUUGGUUGGCGCUAUUGGUUGGCGCCGGCGGUUAUGUAGUAGUGAUGCAGUGAUUGUCAGAUCUUUAUUAACAUUUCAUACAAACUUUUAAUUGACUUUUAAUUGACUUUUAAAUUAAAAACAAAUUAAUAUCUCUUUUAUAUUUUGAUUUUGUUAUCAAAAACAUUGAAAAUAUGUCACAGAAAGGAGUUAUUGUUUUUUCGACACCAGUUUCAACUAAAACACAAGAAAUUAAGUUCAAAGAGAGUCAAACUCGAGUGUCAGACAUGUCUUCAUCCCCGAUGAGCGCCGAUAAUAGUUUGUACUAUCCGUGGUUGUGGUCAGAUUCGGCUCAAUCUAUACAAUUGAGUCCACUUCCCAACGCGUGGCGAUCGGUUAAUAAGUCAUCUCCCGAUUUGGACAGUACAUCGGGAUCAGCUAAAAGAGGCCGACCGCGUCUUGAAGAAAUAACAAGUUUAAUACAAUCUGGCGCUACUUCGCCGUCGGCCAUCAAAUGUGAGAUCUGUAACCGAGUAUUUCCACGUGAAAAGAGUCUUCAGGCGCACAUCAGGACGCAUACGGGUGAACGGCCGUAUCGGUGCGAUAUUGAAGGAUGUGGUAAAGCAUUUGCUCAGUCGGGACAAUUGCGAACUCAUCAACGGUUACAUACCGGCGAAAAGCCAUUUGAGUGCGCGUUUCCCAAUUGUACCAAUCGGUUCACUCACGCCAACAGACGGUGUAGUUUGCAUUCACGUUAUGGCGUCCGUCGGGUUACAGAUGAUGGAAGCUCUUCAACAACAAUGGACAACAAAGUUACCAAAGUUUUAAAAGUUAACAGAAAUAUUGGUAACACUGACAACAAUAACAAAAAGUUGGAAAAGAAAGUCCGAAACAGUGAAAAGCGUCGCUCAGUCAUUGCACACGUCGGUCGUGCGGCCCGUAAAUUACACGACGAGUUGGACGCUGAGGCUGAUGACAAAAAUGGUAUGAGUGAGCACAGGGAUAAAAUUAUGGGCGCACUGGCACUCAUGCAAUUGGCCGGAAGUGCACCCAUCGAUAUGGACUCUAAUGUCAGUUUUGAUAACAAUGAAAAUGUUGAACAAAUAGUUACCAUUGAAUUACAACACUUAUAAAAAGCGGCUAAUUUUUAAUACAUUUCACACAAACAUUUAAACACAUUUAUAACAUAACAUUAU